AUGUGGCAACACCCCCCUCGCUAUGAAAAUUCAUAUUACGGUCCCAUUGAUGGUAUCCUUAAUUGUAUUUUUCCCCCUUCCCAACGUUUCCUUGUGAAACCUCAGGCCAUCCUUCGCCCAUCUCGUCCCGUUGUAUCAUCAACUCACCUUCCACCUGGUGCACCACAACAUCCUGAUGUGUCUCGGUCAUCACGGCGUCUUGCGACUGUGCCGCCCGUUCGGCGUCCCCCGCAUGAUGCCCCUAGUCACUCACCCAACUCUUCUGUUGAUUCCACGGGUGACCCGAUGCUGUCACGUGCGUCGGGUGGUUGGGAAGAGGAUCUUUUCAAGCCAGACUUCAUCGUUGUGAAAGGCACGGCGGCGUUGGAUCGCGAUGUGAUCCUUGCCCUGGUGGAAGUCAAGGUCAAUGCUCAGGAGGAGUAUACCGAUGAAUUCGUAGCGUACUUGUGCAUGGGCCAAGUCACGCGUGUCUGGGAGACCCGUGUACAGGGGAAUAAUCGCAGUCAGGUUAUGAGCAGUCGCCACAUAGUCACUGGGGACAUGCCAUUUUGCAAUCUGCUCCACCCGCUUCGCCAGAAUUAUUGGGCCUAA